AAAAAUUGUAUUGCAACAGAUCAAUCCUCAAAAUUUAAGCCAAGCAGCAGUAGAUGAUGCGCCAUCUCAGUCUAAAUAGACCCGAUAUAGUCAAAUAUAUUCCUCUUCUGAGGAAUCUGAGACACAUGACGAUGACGAUACCCAAAAAGUUGUAUGUUCUUUAUGACAAAAAUUAGAAAAAUUGGAAGAUAUUACAGUAAACACAGCAUUACCUGAUGUCAGAUCUUUGUCACGUGAAACGUCUCCGUUUCAUGAAAGAUCACGGACAAGCACGUCACUAUCACAUCGCAGGUCACGCUCCCGUCAACGGUCGCCCUCACGACGGACGUCACCGUUACAAACAAGGUCGUUUCCGCCUCAAACGUCACAGUCAUCUCAAAAGUCACGAAUACGUCAAAGGUCAUCGUCACGUCGUAGGUCAGAGUCACAGACAAGGCCAAUGACACCUGAAGCGUCAACGUCACGUCAAAGAUCACCGUUACGUCAAAGGUCACCAUUACGUGAAAAGUCAUCGUCACGUCAUGGGUCAGAAUCACGGACAAGACCACUGUCACCUGAAGCGUUAACGUCACGUCAUAGAUCACCCUUACGUCGAAGGUCACAAUCACGUCAUAGGACAAAGUCACGGACAAGGCCAUUGCCACAUCGAGCGUCAACGUCGCGUUAUAGGUCACCGUUACGUCAAUGAUCACGAUCACGUCAAAGGCCAACAUCACGUGAAAGACGAUUGCCUCCAAACGAAGGACAUGAAGGGAGAGCGCGUGGUAAAAAACGUUCAAAGAAAACAAUGGCAGAGUUUAUUCUUGAUUGCAUAGAGUUUUAUUCAGCGAGAGAUGGUUAUGGACACGAGGAAAGGCGCAAGCCAUAUCAGAGACCUAAUGAUGACCAGCUAUAUCUGGGAGAAAAUAUAUACAUUGGAAGUUUUCAAUGGGAGCUUUUGCAAAGAGAGAGGCCCUCUACAUUUUUAAUUUAUCUGGCUUUGCACAUAUGGGAUUCGCGUGAUUUAUGUAAUAGAGCCUUAGAUGUUAGCAAAGUUAACAAUCAUAUACCUGGAAGGUCUCCUGUCAAGCUGAUUGAAAACAAUCUACUAAGAUUACUUAUAAGCUUGUACUCUGCAUUUUUGAUACGCCAAGGCUACUCAGCAGAAGAAAAAGUACGAUUUUUGUUAAAAGUUACCUAUAUUCUAAGAUUUAAGAUAAGAGAUUUGAGACGCGAGGAAAUAGAAGAAAAAUCAAUCAAAAUAUUAAAGAGCAGUACAAGAACAUGUUUGACUUAGACAUGAAAAUUGAGGAAUUUGAUUGGGUUCCUAAAAUCAUAUGCGGAAUAUGUAGGAAAAUGCUACAGAAAGGCAAAAAUGGUAAAACUGAAGUAAAAAUGAAAGUGCCUACGAUAUGGAAGGAACCUUUAAGGAAAGAAGAUUGUUAAUAGUAAAAUCAAGUCGCACAUUAAUUACGCUAACGUUGAAAGUGUCACGAAACCUAUAUAUGAAUCGUCAAUUGAUAAAAGAGAAGAUCCACUGGGUAUGUACGUAAGUGGAAGUACGGAUCUUGAGGAAAAUUUAGAAAGACAUGAUAAAGAUGAAAUGAUAGAAGAAGAAAUGGAGGAAGGAGAUGUUAUUGCGGAAGAAGAAAAAUCGCCUCAUGAAGACAAUGAAGUUGCUAGUACAAGUGAUACAAGUGACGAGGAAUACAUCCCCUAUAAUGCUAA